AUGGCCGCAUGGAGAGCUGCUGGAUUGAACUACAUCAACUAUUCCAACAUUGCCGCUCGUUUGCUGCGAAAGGCGCUAAAGCCGGAACUGAGGGCUCAAGCCGCUCGGCGUGAUGAUUCGCAUAUUAAGUUCACUAAAUGGCAGGGCGGCAAGCCGGAGAAGGUUAUCAAUGAGUAA